AUGUUUCCAAAUCCUCAAGAAUAUAUAUUUACGAUAAGAAGAGAGUGUCCACUUGUAUUAUACGUUCCUGAUAUUCCAUUAUUAUUGAGUCAUGUCUAUACAGUUUAUAGAACUGAUAAUAAACUGAACUCACAGGGUCUUCUUUUGCCCUACUUAUGUUCGAACAAAUCUUUUCAUGAUGGAUCACUUAAACUAGUUUCAGGCAUAUUAUUGAAUAAUACCAUGUGCUUUACUUCUCCUCCACUUCAAAAUAUCGAACAAUCUGAUGUUUCUGACUCGACAUCUGGAUUCAUAAAUAUCAUAAAUAAGAUUUUCUCUCAAAUAAAAAAUUUCAAUCGAAUUAUUAAUUUUCCUUCAAAUCGAUGUAAUACAUCUAAUUUAUACCAAUGUAUGAAUUCAUCGAGAUGUAUUGCAUUUCAUCGUUUAAUCGACGAUAUAUCUGAUUGUCCAUACAAUGAUGAUGAAAACAUAUUUGAAGACAUUCAUCCGGAAUUAUUUGUUCGAUUAAAAGAUAAAUAUUAUUAUUGUUAUUAUAGCGAAAAAUAUAUUCCGAAAACAUUUAUUUCAGAUGAAAAAUGUGAUUGUGGUUAUGAUGGUGAUUUAUGUGAAGAUGAAGAUAAAUAUGAGAAUUAUACUCAAAGAACAAUUUCUUUUCAAAUCCUAUGUGAUAAUUUCGAGAAAUUGUAUCCGAUUACAAUCAAUGAAGAAGAUCAUACAGAUGAAACUGAAUGCGAACAAUGGGAAUGUGAUAAUAUUUACACCCAUUGUGAUGGAUUUUGGAAUUGUUGGGAUGGAAGAGAUGAACUGGAUUGUGAUCUAUCAUCAACUAUAUUCAAUUGUUCAUUUAAUACUCGAAUAUGUGUCACAUUAGAUACAUUUCAAUUGAAAUGUUUAUCCAUUGAUAAACUUAAUGAUGAUCAUGUCGAUUGUCUUGGUGGUACGGAUGAACCAAAACGAUGUCCUGGACUGUAUGAACAUUUAGGAAGAUUUUAUUGUAUGAAUACUCAUCCAGCAAUUUGUAUAUCUCAUUUAGAUUUGUGCAAUGGUGUGAUGGAUUGUCCCGAUGGAGAUGACGAACAAUUUUGUCUACAAAAUCGAUCGAUAUCUGAUAGUAUUUGUCAAGAGAACUAUCGAGUAUUGAGAAGUGAUGUAGAAAAAUUUUUCUGUGAAGGUUUAAAAACGAAUCGUAAGAUAGAGAGACGAUAUUUUCGUAUUAAUGAUUUUAAUCAAUCAUGGGAAGAUGAACCGGAUGAAAAAGAAGUUAUCAAUACAAUCACUCUAGAUGAUGAUGACCCGAUUCCAUUACUUGAUGAACCUCGUUGUCAUCAUGGUCUUGAUUUACGUGUUUGGUUAAAUAAAUCAACAGAUUCUUCUACAAGUACAUGCCUUUGUCCACCAGGUUAUUACGGUAAUCAAUGUCAAUAUCAAAAUCAACGUUUAAGUUUAUCAAUAAGAUUUCAUGUUCGAACAGAAUCAUGGAAAAUUCCAUUUGCAAUAUUAGUUUUACUUAUUGAUGAUACAAAUCAACGAAUUAUUCAUUCUUAUGAACAAUUUACUUAUUUAUCAUUACGAGAUUGUCAAAUUAAAUUUAAUAUUCAUUUAUUUUAUACGAAUCGACCAAAAGAUAUGAAUAGAAAUUAUUCAAUACAUAUCGAUAUCUAUGAGAAAUCUUCUCUCACAUAUCGAGGAAGUUUUCUUUAUCUUGUCAAAUUUCUCUUCUUACCAGUUCAUCGUUUGGCAUUCAUUGCAGACAUUCCACUGUUAAAUUAUCAUAAAAAAUCCACAUGUUCAACUCAUCAAUGUCAACAUGGAAAGUGUAUAAAAUAUUUGAAUAACAAAGAAACAUUUUGUCAAUGUGAUCAAGGAUGGUCAGGAGAAUUUUGUCAUAUUCAACAUGAUUGUAAUUGUUCAUCUAAUUCUUUAUGUGUUGGUAUAUUAAGUGACAAACGAUCCAUUUGUAUUUGNAAAAGUAAAAGAUUAGCAAAGAAAAGUCUGAUUAUUCUUUUAAUUUUAAUCAUUUGCACAUCCAUUCAUGAUCCAAUCUAUCGACAUUUCUCAGAAGAAGAAAAUGAAAAUAAUGAUAAGAAAAGAAUUUGGUGUCUUCUCAUUUAUUCAUCAAAAUUACAAAUUUAUAAUCGAAUUGUAAAUACAUUUCAUUUCUUUGCACCAUUUUUUAUUAAUUUCAUUUCAUCGAUUAUUUUAAUUACAAAAAAAUCUCAUCGAAAAUCUCAUCUUUAUGGAAAUCGAUAUGAUAAACAAACAUUAUGGAAACAAUUUCGAGAACAUCAACAUUUGUUGAUUGCACCGAUAGUUUUAUUUCUGCUCGCCUUACCACGUUUAAUUCUUUCAUAUUUAUCAAAAUGUAUGAAUUCUACACGAGAUUCGUGGUUAUUUCUCUGUGGAUAUUUUAUGUCUUUUAUUCCUCCUAUGAUCACUUUCCUUAUCUUUGUUUUACCAUCAAAAUUUUACAGAAAAGAAUAUCAAAAAUCGAUUCAAAAAUAUCAGAAUUUCAUUCAACGACGUUUUCAUUAA